UUCGCCCCCAGAAUCUUAUUUCCUUUAUUCAGAAUCACCGUUCUUCUUCGCUUCCCAUUUUCACCACCUUUCUCUUUGGUGGGGUUCUUCUUCUUCCUCCUCCUCCUCCUCUUCUUCUUCUUGUGGAAAAUGGCGACAAGUAUAGGCAUUAUGGAUAGUGGGUACUUUGUCGGCAGGAACGAGAUUCUUACUUGGAUCAACAACCGUCUUCACCUUAAUCUCUCUCGCAUUGAGGAGGCUGCAUCUGGUGCUGUACAAUGCCAGGUGAUGGACAUGACAUAUCCAGGGGUUGUUCCAAUGCACAAGGUGAAUUUUGAUGCAAAGACAGAGUAUGAUAUGAUCCAGAAUUACAAAGUUCUACAGGAGGUGUUCAACAAGCUGAAAAUUGAGAAGCAUAUUGAAGUCAACAGGCUCAUUAAAGGCCGGCCUUUGGACAAUUUGGAGUUCCUACAAUGGCUGAAACGUUACUGUGAUUCUGUGAAUGGUGGCAUUAUGAAUGAGAAUUAUGAUCCUGUGAAGCGUAGGAGUAAGGGUGGAAAGGAUCAAAAUGUUAAGAGUCUGAAGAGCUCAAAAUCACUGCAAACAAAUACCAUGAGUAAUUCUGGCUCGGAUGAUGCACUCAGUACAAAUAGAACCUCUGGGUCCAAGCAAUUGAGGUCAAGUGGAGGAGUAGGUGGGGCUAAUUCUUCAGCAGAGAUUCAUGCUUUGUCCAAGCAGGUUACCGAUCUCAAACUCUCAGUGGAUCAGUUGGAAAAAGAAAGAGACUUUUACUUUUCAAAACUACGGGAUAUAGAAAUUGUUUGUCAGGAAUUGGAGAAUGAUCCUAUGUCUAUAGCAAUUAAGAAGAUUUUGUAUGCUGCUGAUGCAAUGGAAUCACCGUUAGAUGAAGCUCGGGAUUACCUUAUCCAAACUAUGAAUGCUGUUGAAGCUGAAGCAGAAACCGAAGCCUGAUUACUCCCAAAAAUAGCUCCUGGCCAGUAUGCAUAAAAUAUUUGCCAGGGUCCUUGUUAAACAAGCUCAGUGCCAUCUGUGAUGACAAAACUGGUAAUCCUUCGCCGUUCCAUGGCGCUAUAAAGCGCCAUUUGAUGACAUAGUAGUAGCUGUAUGGUGCUUUUUGUAUUCUUCUUGUAAGCCUGGAUGAUAAUCAGAGGAUAG